AUGUCUGCCCCCCUCCGCAUUGUCAUGGCCUGCGACGAGGCCGGUGUCCCUUACAAGGAUGCUAUCAAAGCCACCCUCCAGAAGAAUCCCCUCGUCGCCGAGAUCAUCGACGUCGGCGUCAACACCUCUGACGACAAGACCGCCUACCCCCACCCAGCCGUCGAAGGUGCCAAGCUCAUCAAGGAUGGCAAGGCAGACCGUGGCCUCUUCAUCUGCGGCACUGGUCUUGGUGUAGCCAUCGCCGCCAACAAGGUACCUGGCAUCCGCGCCGUGACUGCCCACGACCCUUUCUCCGUUGAGCGGUCCAUCCUGAGCAACGACGCCCAGGUCCUGUGCAUGGGCCAACGGGUCAUUGGCGUGGAGCUGGCCAAGAAGCUGGCCUCGGACUGGCUCAACUACCGCUUCGAUCCUAAGAGCGCCUCUGCUGCUAAGGUCCAGGCUAUCACCGAUUAUGAAACUCAGUUCCGUACCGCGGCUUAG